CAUUGUAAUCAGUUUGAGCAAAUGUCUCUGUAGGUACGUCAGUUAUCAUUGUUUUCUUGUGGUGUUGUUUAUGAUUUGUGACUCAUCGGAUUUCUAAUUAAAUAAAUUUCAAUCAAACUUUUGAAAAUAAAUAAAAGGUCUUGCACCUCUUUUUUGUUACUGAAGUUUUUUCAAAGCCGUCAAACUGGGGAACGAAAUGUCUUCGUCUGCAAUGGAAAAACAUCUAUUUAAUUUAAAAUUUGCUGUAAAAGAGUUGGAGAGGAACUCCAAAAAAUGUGAAAAAGAGGAGAAGUUAGAAAAGGAAAAGGCUAAGAAGGCCAUACAAAAAGGCAACAUGGAGGGGGCUCGUAUACAUGCAGAAAAUGCCAUACGGCAGAAGAACCAGGCUCUCAAUUAUUUACGGAUGUCAGCAAGAGUUGAUGCGGUUUCCAGCAGAGUACAAACAGCGCUUACUACAAGAAAGGUCACAAAUUCAAUGGCGGGUGUGGUCAAAGCCAUGGAUGCUGCGAUGAAAUCAAUGAAUUUGGAAAAGAUAUCAGGUCUUAUGGACAAGUUCGAGAGCCAGUUUGAAGACCUGGAUGUGCAGUCAUCAUACAUGGAGAAUGCGAUGUCACAAACAACCACUACUACUGUACCUCAAGGGGACGUUGAGAAAUUGUUGCAGCAAGUUGCUGAUGAAGCUGGUUUGGAGUUGAACAUGGAACUGCCAUCCGGAGUUCCGAGCACGUCGAUAGGCGCGUCCACAGUGGUGUCUCAGGAGCAAGACGAGUUGACGCAAAGAUUGGCGAGAUUACGACAAACAGAGUAACAGAAUGAUGUACAGUUGUAUGCUUUGCGACUGUGUACCCAACCAAAACAAUGGAAUAUGCCUCAACGGCCUUCGGAACUGGUUGUAAUGCGAGAUUUUUAUCUUUCUUGGUAACUAGUUGCGAUAAAAGAAUCUCUUUUUCUUGGGGUGUUCCUAGGUGCACCCUCCGCAUCAUUCAUACUUCGGGACCUCUAAAGGUCCGCUAGUUGCGGUAGAAGAAUAAUUCAAGCAUGCAACCAGCUGCGAAUGGGGAAAGAAAUUCACAAUUCCUUAAUUAAAAUUGUAAAAAUCACUACAUUUCAUAUGUAAGAUACUGAUUGUUUAAUAUUUGUUAUGUAAUUAAGAUUAAAGCAGGAUAAUACUUAUUAAUAUAUAGUGCCUAUUUUUUAUAUA